CGAAAUAUUUUUCUGUGUUUGAAGCUAUAGGCGACUUGGCGAUAAGAAUUCAAGAAGAUACACUUGUUCAUGCCCGCUAUGGCCUCUACACAAUUGUCCUUUGAUUAUAUUUCUCCUCAUUUCACUUACCCUUCUUCCAAACAAUUUCAAUUUUUCACUCCAUUACCCAAAAUUCAUGGUUGGCACAACUAUAGAGCUAAAAAUAUACAAAGACUUCAUUGUUCUUCUCCCCAAACAAUUCAUUCAGACAAAGAAAAACAAACCAAUCAGACAAAAAAGCAGAGAAAGCUCAGACCAAGCUUUCUUGAACAAGUUCAAUAUAAAUGGUCUGUUAAACCAACUUCAUUAAGAGAGAAAUUCCCUUGGCAAGAACAAAAUUCAGUAUCAAAAGAACAAGUUGUAGAAAAUCCAGUAGUAAAUGAGUCAGUAACUUCUAGUUCAAGAAUUAAGGUAAAUUUAGCUCCUUGGGUUCAUGGAAAACAACCCAAAAAAUCUCAUCUUGAUGAAAGCAGUACUGUUGUUGAAUCUCUUGAGCAUUGUGAAAAUAUUGUGUCAAAUAGGGUGCAAAAAGCUUUAAACGAAGAAGUAAAUCUUGAUUGUGUUACUGAAGAAUUUGAAGUUGAUUCAAGAAAGGAUGACAAAGAUAUCAAAUUGGAAUCAAGAAAUGAGGUUCAAGACCAUAAAAGUGGUUCCUUUAUGAAGAAUUAUGCUAAAGAUUCAGUAAAAUUGCCAUGGGAAGGUGAGCGAACCGUCGAACCUGUGAGAAAAAGUAAUGCAGAAUUGGCAGAGAAAUUGAUACCUGAGCCUCAAUUGAAGAGACUUAGAAAUGCAGCAUUGAGGAUGGUGGAGAGAAUAAAGGUUGGAUCAGGUGGUGUAACACAGGAACUUGUUGAUUCCAUUCAAGAGAAGUGGAAAGUGGAUGAGAUAGUUAAACUGAGAUUUGAAGGUCCUCCUUCACAUAAUAUGAAAAGAACACAUGACAUUCUAGAGCAUAGAACUGGAGGAUUGGUGAUUUGGAGAUCAGGCAGUUCCAUAGUGUUAUACAGAGGAAUAUCAUACAAGCUUCCUUGUGUACAAUCAUUUACUUCAAAAAACCAUGAUAUUAAUGAAACAGAGUUUUCAAAGAAUGAUAGCGGUCAAAACCUUGGAGUCUUAAAUGGAGCUUCUGAAAGGCCAAGAAAUGGUUUCACUAAUCUGUGUGGUGAAGAAAUAGGGGAUUUAAGCGAGCUCAACAUGCUGUUAGAUGAAGUUGGUCCACGAUUCAAAGAUUGGUCAGGUCGUGAACCACUGCCUGUUGAUGCUGAUCUGUUGCCUGCUGUUGUUCCUGGAUAUAGACCUCCUUUUCGGCGUCUUCCUUAUGGAGCUAAACUUAACCUAAAAAAUAAAGAAAUGACAUACGUACGGAGAACUGCGAGAAUUAUGCCCCCUCAUUUUGCUUUAGGAAGGAACAGAGAACUGCAAGGUUUAGCUGCAGCCAUGGUGAAGCUAUGGAGAAGAAGCGCUAUUGCCAAGAUAGCCAUAAAACGUGGUGUGCAAAAUACAAGCAACGAAAGGAUGGCAGAAGAACUUAAGGUACUGACUGGAGGAACCUUAGUCUCCAGGAAUAAGGAUUAUAUUGUCUUUUACAGGGGUAACGAUUUCUUGCCACCUCGUGUGACGGAAGCACUUGUAGAAGCAGAGAAAAGAAGUGCUUUCUUACAGGAUCAAGAAGAACAAGCACGGCAAAGAGCAGCAACCCCUAUUCAUUCUGAUACUAAAACUCCUAAAAGACCAUUGGUUGCUGGAACUCUUUCUGAAACCAUGGCUGCCACUUCUCGCUGGGGAAACCAACCUAGUAUUGAAGAGAGGGAGAAAAUGAUGAGAGACGCUGCUGUAGCAAGGCAUGCUUCUCUUGUGAAGUAUCUUGAAGAGAAGCUAGCCCUUGCAAAAGGCAAGGUCAAAAGGGCAGAAAAUAUGUUACGUAAAUUGCAGGAAAAUCGGGAACCAUCUGAGCUUCCAACUGAUUUGGAAAUAUUAUCUGCUGAGGAAAGGUUUCUUUUCCGCAAAAUGGGUCUUAGCAUGAAAUCUUUUCUGCUUCUAGGGAGGCGAGAUGUUUUUGAUGGAACUGUAGAAAAUAUACAUUUACAUUGGAAAUACCGGGAGCUGGUGAAGAUUAUUGCAGAGAGGAGGAAUGCAGCACAAAUAAAACACAUUGCAAUUACCCUUGAGGCUGAAAGUGGUGGCCUUUUGGUAUCUAUAGACAAGACUGCCCAAGGUUAUGCAAUUAUACUCUAUCGUGGGAAAAAUUACCACCGUCCUAAUGUAUUCAGGCCCAAAAAUCUUCUGACUAAGAGACAAGCAUUGGCCCGUUCAAUUGAACUUCAAAGACGUGAGGCACUAAAGCAUCAUAUAACAGAGUUGCAAGAUAAGAUUCAGAACUUGAAGUCUGAGCUAGAAGAUACGAACAUGGUUGAGGAGAUUGAUGAGGAGACCUUAUACUCGAGAUUAGACUCAUCUGAUGAUGAGGAUGACAUGGAGAAGCAAUUCCAGGCAGAAGAUCAGAUCAAGUAAUAGCCGAAUGCUUUUGAGGAUGGUGUUGCGUAGUUGCUCAACUGAGGCUACAGGGUGAAGGAAAGUUCUACAUUCGGAGGCACUAGAGUAUAGAGUCGAGGUGAAUAUGCACGUUGAUGACUCAUUACAGAAACGUGUAUUUUCCCUGGUAUCACUAUGAUAAGUUGUCAUGUGUGAAUUUUCCAGCUCCUUUUUAGCUGGGAUGCCUUGUGUAGGUUACAUAUUCCAACCUGCUAUGUACAAUACAACGAUUCGUAAAUGUGAAUAAUGUUGUAAGCCUGAAAGUAAAAUUUGUUAUUGCUUUUGUUGUU